UACGGUGCGUGAGGUGAGGAGGCUGUUAAGAAAGAACCACCAUCCCUUUUCUGGACCCGGACCACUGCCUAGGCCCUUGGGGGCUACCACCACCAUGGGGCUCCGGAGGAAGAACAAGAGCCCGCCCGUGCUAAGCCAUGAAUUCGUGAUCCAGAACCAUGCGGACGCCGUGUCCUGCCUGGCUAUGGGCCUCCUGCUGGGGCUUAUGUUCGAGGUCACAGCCAAGUAUGUCAUCAUCUUUAUUACUGUGCAGUACAACGUUACCUACACCACUGAUGACAAGAGUGAACCCAUUCAUUUCUAUGAAUAUGGUCCAAAAGACAUUGCCACCAUCUUCUUCUACAUGCUUAUAGCCAUUAUUCUGCAUGCUGUGAUCCAAGAAUACGUACUAGAUAAAAUUAAUAGACGUCUCCAUUUGUCAAAAACGAAGCACAGCAAAUUCAAUGAAUCGGGGCAGUUAGCAUUUUUCUAUUUGUUUUCAUUUGCCUGGGGAGCAAGUAUUUUGACUGCAGAAGAAUUCAUGACAAACCCUACCUUGUUAUGGAAAGACUAUCCCCAUUCUCACAUGUUUUUUCAGGUAAAAUUCUUCUAUGUCUGCCAGAUGGCCUAUUGGCUUCAUGCACUCCCAGAAUUGUACUUUCAAAAGAUUCGAAAGGAAGAUAUACCAAGACAGCUAUACUAUAUCUGCCUUUACAUUGCUCACAUAUCUGGUGCCUAUGUACUGAACCUUCAACGUCUGGGGCUAAUUUUGCUGGUACCUCACUAUCUAGUGGAGCUCAUUUUUCAUGCCUCACGUCUUUUCUACUUCAGUGAUGAAAACAAGCAGAAAGGAUUUACCCUUUGGGCUUUACUGUUUGUAAUGGCUCGUCUUUUGACCCUAACCUUAUCUGUGCUCACAUUUGGAUUUGGUUUGGCAAGAGUAGAGAAUCCAGGUUUUUCCAUAGCAGACGGAAACUUCAAUGUACUCACUGUGAGGAUUAGUUGCUUGGCUGCAAUUUGUCUAACACAGGCCUGGAUGAUGUGGAAAUUUAUAAAUUUCCAGCUAAAGAAAUGGAGAGAGCACAUCCAGAACCAGAUUCCUAAGAAAAAAAUCACUUGCACAAAGAGCAAAUCAACAAAAAAAGAACCAAACAGAGCUAACUUUGUCAAUGGAGCAGUAAAAUUAGAAGAUGGAGCAUCACCCAGAACAAGAAAAUCAAAAGCAUUAUGAGAUGGAAGCUAAAAUCAGAAGACAACAUAUUGACAGAAGACUGUGAUUAAAAAAUAUAAUCUGUCACUGCAGAAUCAUAGGCUAUUUGUCUGUCUUGUUAUGAUUUAAAUGGACACUAUCAAGUUAAAAUAUAUUUUAAACACAUUUUUUUAUUAAUACAUAACUUACUAUGAAAACUGGUCACUUUUAAUCUAAUUUACUUUACAAUUAGUAUUUACCUCUUUCAGUUUCACUCAAUUUGGACAAGAAAAUAGACAAAUCACUUGCACUUUCUGGCUCUUAGUAGCACAAUUCUGCAAUGUUUGAGUGACAGACGUUUCAGGGGAAUAUUUCAAUCUAAACAAUCUGUAUAUUUGGAAUUUUUAAAAAAGUUGGAAACAUUUUCAUUAAUAUUAUGGUUUAGAAAACCAGUGGUUUUACAAAACCUAAAUUCUGGGCCAAAAAUAUCUGACCGUGUAUGUUUAACUUUAAACUUUUGCACAACAGACUCUUCUUUUUAUCACAUUCUGAUAUUGAAGUAAGAGAUAGUACAGUAUGUCUGAAAUACAUGUUAGCAUAG